AUGUCAUCAACCACUUCCUCCUCUGUUACGACCCCUCCCUCGACCCGCGCCCGCUCUCGCUCUCGUGCUGACUCCGUCUCCGCACCCGCCAACGGUCUCGCGCCUUCUUCGCCCGCUCCUCCUGUCCCCGCACCCAACGCAACUCACUCCUCCUUCAUCCCCACCAGGUACAUCAAGCAUGCCAGCCUCAUCAACAACUGUUACCCAUCUCGCCCAGACGAAAAGGGACCAAAGUCCAGUGAUCUCUCCUACCUCGUCUUCUACGCUACCUCCAAGCCUGCAAAGUUGACCAAAGUCGGCAACUUUAUUGAGCGAAGAGUCGUCCGUGACCACCGCAAGAAGCGUCUCUCGGACGUUCACUGCUCGUUGGAGAUCAUCAAGUCGCUUCUUCAGUCGAGCAAGGCACAUUUGAACAUCUUUUCCAAGAACGUUGUCAGCAUCCUCGACGCUCUUCUGGUUGACCUCUCGGACCUGGAUGUUGUCCGCCACUGCCAAAACGUCUUCACCGUCUUCUGCAGCGCUCACGAUGGAUCAACCCUCGGUGUCGACAGCGACUUCAGAACACUCUAUGACCGUGUUGUCGCCCGCUUCGCUUCGAUCGCCAUCCUCAAGGGGGAGAGCAGCAAUCGCUUCAGGAUGAUUGGCCUGAGAGCAUUGGAGGGCGUCGUCUCUUCCGAGGCCCUGUAUGCCUGCGAUCACAAGGCCCAGCUGAACCUGGUCCUGCCCGCCAUCCUCGACUGCCUCAUCGACUCCAAGAACGGCGUCCAGAUCGCAUUGAACAGCGCCCCCGACUCCUCUGUUGACCAUGACCAGUUAAUCCGUCGAUCUGUCUCGAUCCAUGUCGCCGUCCACCCUGACAACGUUGUGUCGGACGAUGAUGUGACCGCCGAGGCCGUUCGCUGUCUUCGUGCCCUCUUCAAGGCCCCCAACGGCAGCAAUGUCAAGCUCGCUCUCGGACCCACCUUUACAUACCUGGACGAGCACAGCCGUUGGUGGCCCUCGACCUUUGGCGUCGGAAUCAUCAAAGCCAUCGUCAUCUCCAUCAUGCCCCAAUACCGCUACAUGGUCGUCAAUGAGUUGACUGCUCGCAUCGACGGCGUCGACUCGACCACCCCCGACCUCACUCUUCGCCUCCAGAAGAAGGCCACACUGAUCGCUGCCCUGGAGACCAUUCUUGUGUCGUCCAUUUCAUUGAUCGGAAUACCUGUUCUCGAGGUCCUCCACUCGUUGUUGGUUAGUCUGACAAAGUCCAUGUCGGGUUCUUCCUCUUUGACCAAGGAGGGCGAGGCCAGCCAAUUGUUAUCACUGGAGGCUGUCAUCCAGGAUGGAUUGAUUAAGAGCGUUGGCGGCCUUGCUACUCACAUCUACUACUCCAACCAGGUCCCUCACAUCAUCUCGCACAUCACUGGUAAGCUCUCCUUCAAGCUUGGAGCCACUCCCAGGCCUGCAACCAUCGAGGAUGUUCCCACCGUUGAGUACCGCGAGACAUUGUUGAAGUGUCUCCAGGCCGUCAUCAAGACCAGCAAGAACAAUGGACGUCAGGAAGCCAGCUUCCACGCUGCCGAGAUUUCGUCCGACCUUCUCACCCCUUGCCUCGGACUUUUGUUGGAUGAGAAUGUCGAGAUCAGAACCUCCUUUGCUCAGGUCCUAGUCACCUUCUUGGUCGCCGAGGACGAAAACCUCCACGCAAGCGCUGGAUCGCAGAUCAUGACCUCGCCUAUUCCAUCUACCUCGGGCGACCUCUACUUCCGCGCUGCUGCUCAUCAGACCUUGCAUGCCUAUGCCAGCUCCUCCUCGUUGACCCCCAAGGACUUGGUCGCCAUUUAUGGAAUGCUCAAGGCACUCUUUGCCCACUUCCAAGACGACGAGUUCAUCAGGGUCGUUCCCAUGUUAUUUUCCCUUCAGGAUGCCUGUCUCCAGGCUCCCUCAGAGGCCGAGAACCAGGAUGGCCUUAUGGUGACCCGCAAGCGUGCUGUUGCAGCUGUCAUUGUCACCUACUUCCAGAUGGCUGUCGAGACCUAUGGUAUGGCUGAGCCCCGGGAGUACCUCGAGAACAUCAAGACCUCCCGUGAGCAAGAGUCACAGUGGGUCCCCAUCCACUAUGCGACCAUUGAGGAGUCCCUUGCCCAGACCGCUGAGGCCACGUGGGAGACCCCCUCGGAGCCUCUGAGCCCCGUGUUGACUCACCCUCUUGCACGUGAGCAUUUGGUGACUCUCUUGACGACUGUCUCGGAUCGUUUCCGUGCUGGAGCCGACCGGUUCGGACUCAUCUACAACCCUGAGAGCCAGUCGGCGCUCAUGGCCACCAACGGCAACCGCGAUUUUGGUAGCGGUGUGUUCUUAUCGACCAGCACUUUGAACGGUGCCCCUGGUUCGUUGUUGGGCCACAAGGUGGAGCGCAGCAUGGAUAGCCGGAUUCGUAUCUCGCGUCACCUCGAGGACUGGGCUUUGCCCAAGAUCUUCCCCCAGGCCUCUACCUCUUCAAGUGAUCUGUCGAUAACCGAGGAGAUGUCAGAGUCGAUUACGACACGCGAUGGCAGUCUUUCUGGAGGAGUGCUGACGUUGAACGGAAGCAGCAUGACGCUUAAGAAGAUUGGAGUGGAUAACCUGAAGGCAGCGUUGGUUGCUGCUCAUCAGGCAGCGGACGCAUCGAUUGGUGGAGCGGCGGGACAGAAGGUGUAUCCUCUUUCGAUCCAUACACAGACACUCCGCAGGCAGCAUGGAGCAUCAGCAUCGAUGAUGUCGACGACCUCGAACCUGGCCUCGUCUCGCCCAGAUUUGGCCGAUCUUUUGAACACUAUUCAGGUCAACGGGGUGUCGAUUUCGAGUGGAUCCCGCCUGUCGUUGGUUGUUCCCCCCUAUUGA